AUGCGCCCCGCCGUCCGUCUCCUUGCCUCCGUCGCCCGCGCCAACACCCUCUACUCCGAAGCCGGCCUCCCUACCGGCCUCACCGGACUCCUCACACACUACUCGCCGCGCAGCACGCUCUUAUACCUCUACAGCACCACUCUCGACAAGCUCCAGGCCUUCCCGGAACACAGUGUCUACCGACAGUCCACAGAAGCCUUGACCCGCCACCGCAUGAGCAUCGUCGAGAAUGUCAGACCUUCCGGCCUCAGCGAAUGGCAACAAAGAGUCGCGCCUUUGGUAGACCAGCAUCCUGAAGCUUUCAAGAAGGUCAAGACCAGUGACGGCGGGAAGGGAGAGGAGUACAAUAUCAUCUACCACGCUCCACCUCCAUCGUCGAGUUUCAAGACCGAGGACGACGCCAUCAAUGCUGGUUACAAGGCGAAGCCGCAGCCGGAAGGACCACAGGAGCAAGCUGCUGUCGCGGAUCGAGGAGAGCAGCUGGAGAAGGAUCCGCAUGGAGAGACUGUGAGGGAGCUGCGGGUGGAGGCGGAGCCGGCCUUGACGAUGGAGCAGAUCAGCGAGGUGGAGCAGAAGAUUGGAUCGGGGUUGAUCGAGGAGAUUAUCGCUGUGGCGGAGGGUGAGAGGGCGCUGGCGGAGAGGAUGGCGGAGUCUAAGGUUUGGGAAGACCUUGAGGAGAAGCCUCAAGAAGGCCAAUGGCUCUACAACGAGCGGCAGACUGCAUGA